AUGAUUCUCCAAUUGAAUCGAUAUGAGUUCAUAAAGCUUUCAAACACAAGAGACGCUAUUUUGUCAGAAAAAAGAGUGGUUAUUAUCGAUGAUUAACUAAAUAUAUUAAGCUCAAAUCCUUUCCCAUAAACAUCUAAUUCACCCUGUUAAUGGAUAAUUUCGAAUAAUCAAGGUUAUAUUUUUGUUGGAUGUUAAAAAGGUUUAGAGACUCCAUAUUUAAUUUCUUAUAAAUAAAUUAACGAUACUCAUUUUUCAUAAUUUGGUGACAUUGUGUAUUUUCCUAAUGUGAAUUUACAAUUACAAAAAAUAACCGGAAGACUUAAUACAGUAUUUGCAGUGGAGACUAACUAAAUAACACUGUUUACGUUAGUAAUAACAGUAUCAAGUUGGACUAUGAAGUAAGCCUAGUAAAGCGUCUUAGAUAAUGGCUAUUUUAGUUAUUCAAAAUAAAUGAAUAUUACUGAUGUCACUUUUGCAGAAUACACAGAAGAUAACUUAUCAUUCUAUAAAAUUAUACUAACAGAAUUCAAUUAUGGAAUAUUUUGGUUAGAUGCAUUUGUGAAAAAUAAUCUUGUAACUCCGUAUCGCAAUGGUGAUGCAAAAAUUGAUCCCUAUACUUAUAUAAUAUCGAAAUAAUCGACAGUUAUCCAUUCAACUACUCAAAAUAUAUCAAUUAUUUCAGUACACUUUUAUAAUACUUAAUAUGAAUCUACAAGUUACAAAAUGAUUGUUAAUUCUGUUGUUUCAACAACUCUAGAAAAACGCUACUAAUAUGUAGGAUAUUAGGGUUGGUCUCCUUGGGGAUAAAGUAUUUCAUUUAGAAACAUAACAGCUAUUUAGCAUAGAAAUAAUUUAAAUUAGACAGCAAUAUUGAUUUAUAAUAUAGCAGUUGGUAUGGAUAGAUUUGAGAAUUCGAAUGAAGAUCAAAACCCAUUAGGCGUUAUUUAUAAUCCAGUUGAUAAAUUAACAUCUUCGCCAUAAAAUCAUUCGGUAUUAUAUUUUAAUACUGGAAAUCGAAUAGUUCAUACUAUUGAUUAGAAUAAACUACAAAGUUGUGACCUAUACAACUAUAAAUUAUCAAUAGAAUGA